AAUAAGCGAUGAAGUAAUCAGCUGUUCGCAAGCCGCAUUUUUAUAUUGCUAUUAGUUAAUUGUAAUUGUUAAUUUAUUAAUUAAAAAUGCGUUUAACUCAAUUUUUGACCAGCAAAUUGAAGAAUUUCUCCAAUCUGCCCAAGGAAUACAUUGAGCGCAGCAAGAAACAGGUCUAUUGGCAAACGCCGCGGGAGGCAACCCAUUUGCCACGGACUGUGGAACGCAAGCGUUUCCGUUACACCACCAAUCGAUCCUGGACAGGACAGUUCCGCCAACAAAAUCUUCCGGGCACCAUGCGCCGUAAGGUGUUUGUAGAGCCAGUUGAGGAUUGGAGUUUCUUUCGUGGCGAUCGCGUCGAGGUUUUGGUGGGCAAAGAUAAAGGCAAACAUGGCAUUGUCAAUCAGGUGAUACCCGAACGCAAUUGGGUGAUUGUCGAAGGUGUCAAUUGGCAUUAUCGUCGUGUGGGUGCCGAAAAGGAAUUUCCGGGAAUAAUUAUCAAAUCGGAGGCCCCUCUGCACGUUACCAAGGACAUUCGAUUGGUGGAUCCAUCCGACUUGCAGGGUACAGAAAUCGAAUGGCGCUACACAGAGGAGGGUGAAAAAGUACGUGUAUCUAUGCGAUCGGGUAGAAUCAUACCCAUUCCAGAGACAAAUAAUCAAACACAUGACUACAAGACCCAAAAUGCCUAUAUUGAAAGAGAAAAGGAUACGCCAGCUGCUGUGGUGGGCGAGAUUACUUUCCAGCCAAAAUUGGCAACCUUUGAGAUGGAUAUUAUGGAGGAAAUGGGCAUUAAGGAAGAACGCACACCAGCAAAAAGCUAUUGGUAUUAGUUCAAAAACAAUCGUUGCUUGUUUUAUUUAAUAUUAAAAAAAUAUAACAAAUUCUCUAAACAAAUGUUAUUCAUUUGUCCACUGCACCAAA